AGACUAGAUGCUAUACAAUACGUGAGUCGUACAGAGAUUUCGAAGUAGAAAGGCGUCAGUAAGUGCAGGGAUAUACAACAACGUAUGCACACAAUGGUUAUCGCGAUCCAGGGUAAGGGAAGUGGAAAUAGUGAUUAUGAUGCUGCAACUCUCCGCUCUCGCUCCUUGGCUUUCGCGCCAGGUCCAAAUCGCUCCUGGAAACUGAUAAGCUCCUCCAUCAAUUCUUCCAUCAUCUUCAUGGUUGUCUUUCCGGAGUCCGAAGGGCCUGAUUUCGGCGCCAUCGAAGGUACGCUAUCGACGCCGAAGUCACGUAAGACGAGCACAAUUCUCGCCAUGGCCCCUUUACCCCUCGGCACUGCGUCCCACCCGACCGACCACUACAAUCUCAUCGCCCUGCUGACCCCCAUCAAGCUCGUCAUUGUCGGACUGAAGCCAUCACCGAGGACUUGGUAUAGGCGGCAUCGUGAGGGCGACGAGAAGGGUGGCAGGUCGAAGUUCAAGGGCGUCUUGGCAUGGUACCCAAGUGUUAUCCCCGGCAGCAACGCUGGUGCGGAGGUCACGAACAAGAAGGAUCAGGUCAACGGGUCGGAUCAUCCCGCCUCGACCAUGCCGAUGCUCAUAUACUCGUGGGGUGACACGCUCUUCCUGAUGCGGCUGUCGGAAGACAAGGUUCAGCAGCAGACUCGCAAUGCUAGGACAGGCAAGAUAAACUCAGUCGAAGUCGGUCGGGUCGUCUUUGAGGAGACGCGACAAUGGAAUGUUGGCGAUAAUGUGUUAGCUCUGCAGUGGCUGAACGUCAAUCAAGUGCUCGUCCUCACGGCGGCAUCUUUGGAGGUACAUGAUGUACGCACCGCGAAACUGGUGGAACAAGUUCCUUAUGACGCCUGGUCCCUGGUGUCGCCCAUUCUGAGCCACACCACGAACGGCACUGUGUCAUAUUCUGAUGCCGUCAUGGAAAUCGCUCAUAGCCUGCGCAUCUACAAGGGCAAGAUAUUCACACUGGGACAAAGUGAAGUACGAGUCGGCACCCUUCUAACCUGGGCGGAUCGCAUACUCUCUUUCGUCCAAGAUGGUGACUUCCUCAGUGCCAUUGAAUUGACACGCUCGUACUACACCGGGGAAUGCCCAGGCAACCGCAAUAGUCUCCCCGAAAGUCCAGAGCAGCUGAAGGUCGUCGUCGGAGAAAAAAUGCGUGAACUGAUGGUCGCAUCCGCACGCUAUGCCUUCUCGGAGGAACGAAUGACUGACGGAACCCACGUCACUCGGGAUGGUCGCGGUGUCGAUCGUACCUUGUUGUUCGAGGGCCUUGUGAAGACUUGCGCCCGAGCGUGCUCGACAUUGGACGACUACGACUUCCUGUUCGAAGAGCUCUUCCAAUUCUACGACGACAAUGGCAUCGCGCGUAUCUUUUUAUUACAACUCGAGCCCUUCGUUUUGGAUAGUGUUAUACGGCAUGUCCCGCCCUGGAUUACGCAACGGCUCAUAGCUCUCCACGACAACGACGGCCACCCAGAGCUGGUCGAGCGUGUAAUAUGGCACAUCGACCCAGAAUGUUUAGACGUCAAUCAGGUCAUCAAGCUAUGUCAACGACAUGCGCUAUAUGACGCGCUGAUCUACAUCUUCACUCGAGCCGUGAAGGACUUCAAGUCGCCCGUCGUCGAGUUGCUCGGCCUCGUGCGGAAGGUGCAGCAAUAUCGGAGAUCACGCAGAGAGCGAUCGUCACCGGAUGCAUACGUGGGAGACGAAAACAUCGAACAUGUUGUGCUUAAUGCCUAUAAGAUCUAUCCAUAUCUUGCCAAUACCUUGACUGGAUUGUCCUAUCCUUCUGCGGAAUCUCUUCCGGAAGACGAGGCGUUCCAGGCGAAGGAUGCCGUCUACACUUUCCUCUUCCUUGGUCGCUCCAGCGUAUGGCCUCUGGGAGAGGGUGGCAAGUUAAUCUUGACAGCAGAUGAGGACAAUGGCGUCGAGCCGACAUAUCCUUAUACGCGUCUUCUGCUUCGGUUCGAUCCGGAAGCAUUCCUCCAUACCCUCGACCUGGCCUUCGAAGAUGCAUAUCUCAACGACGAAACCCGAGGAGUCAGCCGCUUGGUCAUCGUCAAGAUUCUGCUUGAUAUCCUCUCGUCUCCAGACCUCUCGCCUGCCGAGGCUACGUUCGUCAACAUCUUCAUUGCUCGGAAUGUCCCCAAAUACCCUCAGUUCAUCCAGAUACCACCUAGCGCUCUUCAUAGCAUCCUGAUCAAUCUGGCGGAGGACCCUGACCCAGAAACGCGGGAAGAUCGUCAGCUAGCUGCAGAGUAUUUGCUCUCCACCUACAAUCCGCAUGAGAGCGAUCGAAUCGUGGCUAUAUUUGAGCGCGCCGGAUUCUAUCGCAUUCUCAGAUCGUGGUACUAUCACGAGCGCAAGUGGGCUCCUCUGCUCCUGACAUAUCUGGACGACUCCAACCUACCCGUGGCCGAACUGUUCCGCUGCAUAGAUGACGCCCUAGAGUCCGCAAGAUCCGCGAACAAAGGCAGCCUAUCUCGGGAUCUGGAGGCUACAUUCGUCAACUCUCUUCCCUCAUUGCUGAACAGCAACAUUGUCGACGCUGCUGCGCUUGUGGACAAGCACUUCCCGUCUCUGCACGAUCGUGCUGUGCAGGAACUCGGUCGUCACUCUGAACGGGACCAACACGCGUAUCUUCGUUUCCUUCUUGGCUCACCACCAAGGGGGGAAGAAGAUGGAUAUAUCUCAUUCCGCAAGGGUGGACCAUCGCCUUACGUGCCCCCGCCGCUUCGCCUCGCGUUCAUCUCGCUUCAAUGUCAGUUUGAGCCAACAGCAGUCAUUCCUACAUUACGAUAUCUACCUCCAGACUUCCUGGAUGCGGACGACGUGGCCGCUAUUUGUGAAGAGCAUAGCUCAUUCGAUGCUGUGAUCUGGGUCUUGGGGCAUGCAGGCAAGCCUUUGGCGGCAUUGUCCAAGGCAGAGGGUUUCAGCAAUGUGCUCUCCGCGCGACUUGCUGAGAUGCUUGUUGGACCUGUAGCCGAAGAUAGAGGACUCAUCAAUGAUACAUUGUCCAAGAUCGAUGCGAUGGGCCGAAACGCAGUUGGCGUUUGUCUUGAGCAUUCACAAGCAACUUCCAAUGUAGAGGUGCCACUGGAAGACAUGUGGUACCAGCUACUCAGAAGCCAAAUUGACACAGUACAGCGCGUCGCCAGUUGCUGCUUGUCGCUCGAAGACAAGGGUAUUGAUGGUACAGGCCACGAUGAACAGAAGGGAUUGCAGCAGCAAUCGCUAUCCGCGUUGCGCCUGCUUGUGCAGGAGACGUUCGCAUCGCUGAUGACUAUCAGCUCUGCAAAGGCCGUCUCUCUUCCACGGCUGUUCAAGCGCCUGCUCACAGCAACUUCAGCCAACUCCGUCUCAAAGCCCACGUUGUAUGCGGAGUUCAGAAUGCUCUUUACUGGCAUGCUGGAGGCAUACCGCUCAGAUGGCGAUAUGCUGAUCAUAACAAAACAUCUCGUCGACGACAGCGUCUUUGCUGCGAUUCAAGAGCUGGCGCAGGAGCGAAUACGAGGAUGGGCACCUUCUCAGGGAAAGUGUGGAGGUUGUGGAGAAGCGUUUGUCAAGAAAAAACAAUCUAAUGAUCAAGACAUAAGUGCUGGUGCUGCAGUUAUUGUAUCGCGGACAGGUGCCAUAUACCAUAGUAAAUGUCUACCGUCUGAGUCGUCAUAAUCCACGCCGCGUACAAUAGUAUUGAACGCCUCCAUGUAUUAUUCCGGGGACUAUUGCUUUACAUAUCAUCGUAUUCUGCUGCUAUUGUUACAUGCGUCAUGAUUCUGUCAAUCAACGUGUAAAUAGGAGGUUACGGAUGGU